AUGACGACCAUGGCACAGCCCCCGGUGGAAGAGCUGGCGAAGCGGUGGCUGGACCUCGAUCAAGAUGUUGAGACCAGGCACGAAAUUCAGCAACUGCUUGACGAGAAUGAUGUGACAAAAUUGGAACUUCGUCUACGGAAGAGAAUAGCCUUCGGCACUGCUGGCCUACGGUCUUCGAUGAAAGCUGGAUUCGCACACAUGAACUCCCUGACAGUACUUCAAGCAUCCCUCGGACUGGCCGACUACAUCAUCCAGCAGAAUCCAGGCGAUCCUGCCACACUCCAGGUAGCGAUAGGCUACGACGCACGGCAUCGAUCCGAGAAGUUCGCAAGGCUAGCGGCAACAGCUUUCCUGAGCCGUGGCCUGAAAGUGCUAUGGUUCGGGCAGCAUGUUCAUACCCCAAUGGUGCCCUUCGCAGUGAAUGAGUACAAGGCCGCCGCGGGAGUGAUGGUCACGGCAAGCCAUAACCCCAAGAACGACAAUGGCUACAAGGUGUACUGGAGCAACGGAAGCCAGAUCAUUCCGCCUCACGAUAGUGGUAUCGCAGCCGCGAUCGAGAACGUGAAGACAAUACCUGACUGGGACACGACUCGUGUUGACAACCAUGAACGCGCCUCGAAUAUCUUUGCACCGGCUUCGAAGUCCUACAUCGGUCACGUCACGGAACUGGUCUGGCCGUUGCCUUCAGUAUCAGAUGCCAUGCCAUUCACAUACACACCCAUGCACGGCGUAGGUCUAGUAUGGAUGAAGCAGAUUGCAUACAUGCUCUGGUUUCGAGGACAGUUCAUGCGAGUAGUGCAAGCUCAGGCAGAACCAGACCCAGAAUUCCCGACAGUACCAUUUCCGAACCCAGAGGAGAAGGGUGCACUCAAUCUGGCCGUCCAGGAAGGGCAGAAGAAUGACUCGAACAUCAUAAUAGCAAACGAUCCGGAUGCCGAUAGAUUUUCAGCAGCAGAGCGAAUAUCGAAGGGACAGUACCACCAGUUCACUGGAAACCAGCUUGGCAUACUCUUCGCCUCCCACAUCUUCGAGACUUAUAAAGGCGACAAGAGCAAGCUAGCCAUGCUCGCCUCGACAGUGUCAUCCCGAAUGCUUGCAAGCAUGGCCGAGAAGGAGGGAUUUCACUUCCAAGAUACUCUCACUGGCUUCAAAUGGCUCGGUAACGUCGCUCAAGACCUGAAGAAGAAAGGCCUCGACCCGGCCUUUGCUUACGAAGAAGCCAUCGGCUUCAUGUUUCCCACGGUGGUCUGGGACAAAGACGGUAUUGCAGCUGCGGCGGUCUUCCUCACAGCAUGGCAGCGAUGGAAGAAGCAGGGCAUGACACCUUGGCAGAAGCUUCAACAGCUGUAUAAGACAUACGGAUACUUUGAAGAUGCGAACACAUAUCUCAUAUCGCCUAGUCCAGAUGUCACGAACCAGGUCUUUGACGACAUACGGAAGUCAAACAAUGGAAGUCGACCAGAGUCGCUUGGACGACGGAAGAUACUGAGAUGGCGCGACCUCACUAUUGGUUUUGAUAGUGGAACGACCGACAGUAAACCGGUGCUACCAGUUGAUCCAACGGCGCAGAUGAUCGCAUGUUACCUGGAGAGCGUGGUGUUUACAGUGCGAGGAUCUGGAACGGAGCCGAAGAUCAAGUUAUACAUAGAGGCCAAGGGAGAGUCGUCGGCCGCGACGGCUAAGCAGGAAGCCAAUGAGGUGUUGCAGGAUCUACUCAUAGAGUGGUUCAAGCCGCAAUAUGGCUUGAAACUGGCUGGUAGCUAG